GGCCAUAUAAAGAGAAAGAGAACACAAACCAGGCUCUAUCUUUCUCCUCUAUCAGACCUCACCGACGACCCUUUGCUUCCCCACCCUCACACUAACCUUUAGUGUGUAGAAACUUUUUGCUCUAACACAGUCCCAGCACCGACUGAGACCAAAGAGGAUGGCUACAUCCACGUGGAGAAUGAAUGGACUCUACAGAAAGAUGACUCAACCUCUGUUUCUCUGCACUCUGUUCCUUAGCAGUGUAGUGAUAUGUCAAGACCAAACCACCGUCUCUACCAAACCACCGAGUGUCAGUAACGGGACAAACGCAACCUUCACUGAUUCCCUGAUUACUUCAAUAAACGAAAGUUUGGCUAACAACAGUGUGCUUCGGUUGCUCCCAGCAAUAACACACGAAGACAACUACAGCAAUGAUGAUACAAUGGUGGGAAGUACUAAAAGUCCAUUACCAUCAUUACAUUCAUCACCAUCAUCAUCGUCGUCAUCAUCAUCGUCGUCAUCAUCAUCGUCGCCAUCGUCAUCAUCAUCAUCAAAUUCCUCUGUGUUUGUGGGACUACUUGUCAGUGGUCUGCUUGCUGCCCUUGGAAUCACUGUAGGUUAUUGCUAUUGCCAACGCAGGACUGACACCAAGGCAGUGAAGCUGACUGAUGAGACCUAUCCAGCAGAUCAGGAGAACCAGGGGAGCACUCUUGCUUCUGUAGCCCCCCUCAUCCCCACUCCUGAGACCCAGGAGAAACCCAGCGUAAAUGGAGAGUCCCCCGAGGCAGCCAAGACCCAACCUCCUCCACCUACCAACGGCCACUCUACCACCAAGACAGCAGACACUGAGCUGUGAAAUGUCCAAAAUGAAUUGAAUCCCAGGAACUACCCAUCUAUGCACACAGACGCGUCUGAAGAAAACACAUCUUUGUUUCAGAAUUCACUCCUGCCUAAUCACACAGAGGCCACAGAAAUGUGGACUUUAGGGACUACAGCAAUCCCUUACAUAAACACUCCUGUUGUUAUAUGGUCCUGUUACCUGCUCUUUUAGCUACGUGCCUCAAAAAACAUCAGGAAAACUAGUCUGAUGAUGACAAUAAUGGUAGAGAUGAAUGAUGCUGAUUAAUCAUGACGAAGACUCGGUUCUUGGGUUUUGAUGGCAGUCAGGAAGGAGAAGAAAGACAGGAGAUGGGCAGUUCUGGGUGUGAAGAGACUAUAAUGUUAGUAUUAACCACAGCUUGCUACCAUGAUGACUGCAGCCUCUGGAGUUCAGCAGAGGCUCUGCCUGUCAUCUGGUUUAAUGCUCCAGUCAAACAUCCAACUGAAAACACAGCUAAAGCACCUAAAUAACACGUGUCCUUACAUUAAUGUAAGACCAUAACAGACAGACAGGAACUAACUUACACUGCCUUGAAAUCUGUUUACAAGAAUACAUCUUGUAUUCUUAACGUGCGUAGGUGGUUGAAAGUGUGUGUGUGUGUGGGUGUACUAUGACAUUUUGCAUGAGUGUAUUAACUUGCAUCUGUACUGUGCAUUGACUGUAUAUAUCCAUACAUGCAUCUAAGCUUAUCCUCCUUAUUGUACUGUAUGUACAUAUGUGUGCUUCAUGGUAAUUUUGAUCAGUCGUGUCAGUGAUUGAUAAAUCUUAAUCGCAUGCGACAGCCAUGAAAAAUGUAGAAAUUUGUAAAAUGAUGGCUAACCAAGUUGUGGACAAUCACCAUGGUGAAGCAAAACGAGUUUUGACGUUUAAGUCACACCGUGGCAUUAAUCACAAAGCUAAAAGGCCUCUUUACUGACUGUUUGACCAACAAACUCACAAGGACUUUAGACACAGAGCCUCCUUAUGUCACCUCUGCCCAUCCAUUUGUUAGUAUUAUUCUCUGUCCAGUACUGUAUAUACUUGUUUUUAUUCCGUGUAUCCAUACUUGUAUUGCUCAUUCUAUGUGCCAAGAUUUUCAUUUUAUAACUUUUAUUGUGUUUAAGUAUAUACUUCUCCCAUCAUCAUGAUAUUUUAUCUAGGUUAUAUGACAAAGAAAUAUAUUUAGAAACAAUGACUUAUAGUCAUAGUCAUGAAUCAAGUUCAGCAUCUAAUGGUCCAAAUAUGCCUUUUUGUAAUCCUAUAAAUACAGGUAACAUCAGUUUUCCCUGACAUGCCUAAUAAUAAUAACAAUAAUGAUAAUAACUUUGAAAACUCUGAUAUCAAACUGGAAUAUCCUGCAUUCAUUGUUCUUUUGAUCCAUCUUGUAUCGUACCAUUAUCACAUCAAUAUUUCAGUGUGACUAUUUAAUUUCACUAGCACUCUGUAGUUAAAAUGGGAUUUAA